AUGGAGACAAGUGACAAAGAAAUGCAUGAGCUGAAUCCUUCUGCAAUGCAAGCUCUUUUCCCGCAUGCAGCCUUUGAUUUUCACAAGUUUGCCAAAGACAUGGAGGCAGAAUUCCAAGAAUUCCGUGAACAGCUGCAGAACAGUUACAACCCUACCAUGAGAAAUGAGCACAACAGAUUAAAGUCCUUCUUGUCCUAUACAUCUCGUUCAUCAUGGUCUUUGACAGAAAUGGCAGCUGCUGGGUUUUAUCACACACUUGUUAAAUCUAGUGUGCAGUGUUUUUGCUGUGGAUUAGUUUUAUUUACCACAAAGGUUAGAUGUACCCCAUAUGAACAGCACAAGAAAUUUCGUCCUACUUGUGAAUUUGUCCUGGGCAAAGAGGUGGGUAAUAUUUCAAAGUAUGACAUACGUGUUCAGAAGUUGGAGAACCCAGCAGAGCACGCCUACAGGUACAGUGGGGAGGACGCGAGGCUGCAGUCCUUUGAUGGGUGGCCAUUUUAUGCCAGAGGAACAAAGCCUGACUUGCUUGCCAGAGCUGGGUUUUUCUUUACAGGCAAGAAAGAUACAGUGCAGUGUUUCGCUUGUGGUGGAUGUCUGGGAAAUUGGGAAGAUGGUGAUGAUCCUUGGAGAGAACAUGCUAAAUGGUUUCCUGAGUGUGAAUUCCUUCAAAGUAAGAAAUCAAGUGAGGAAAUUAAAAAGUACAUUGAAACCUAUGGUGGAUUUGUUGGAGUAGUGGGGAGGCAUUUCACAGCUUCCUUUAUGAAGGAGAAUUUAUCUACUGCAACAGGUGAUCUCAACUUCAACAUCUUUGAGGAUGAAGGCGUUCGACUGGACUCUUUUAAAACUUGGCCAGCAGAAGCCCAUGUUGAAGCCACUGCUCUUGCUAAAGCCGGGUUUUUCUAUACAGGAGAAGGUGAUAGGGUACAGUGCUUCAACUGUGCAGGUUGCUUAAGGGAAUGGGAAGAAGGUGAAGAUCCAAUGAAAGAACAUGCAAAAUGGUUCCCUGAUUCCAACUGCUUGGAAGUACUUGGAAAGUCACUGGAAGAGCAACCAGAGAGCCCAUCGACAUUACAGUCUGUACAGCAAACUCCUUGUAAAGCACAUCUUGAAGAGAAAGCAACCCUACGUUCUGUAGGAGCUGACAUGACAGUUGUUGAAAAUCAGUGUCCUCAAGAAGCAAAGAACUUGACCAAACAACUUACAAAGGCUUACAACGAUAACAGCUUCAGCAAAUUAUUUUCCUUUGGGAACUCAAACCAUUUGGCAAUUGAUUUGAAAUUACUCUAUGGCGACCUAUCAGUUGUCUCAAAGGAUAUUAAUGAUCAACCAAUACAGCAGCUCUUUCUUCAUGAAAUCCUUGCAAACCUUAACUCCACCAUUGUGCUGGAAGGUGAAGCAGGAAGUGGAAAAACAGCAUUGCUCAGGAAAAUAGCUCUUCUUUGGGCCUCAGGCUGCUGCCCCAUUCUGAGCAGGUUUAAGUUUGUAUUUUAUCUCUCCCUGACUUAUGCAAGAUCAGAUCAGAGCAUGGCUGAUAUCAUAUGCAAUCAACCAGUAGGAUUUGUGGGACCACUAACAGAAACUACUCUAAGAGAUGUAAUUCAGCCACUGAAAAACCAGGUCUUAUUUCUUUUGGAUGACUACAGUGAAAUGAAUUCAGUGCCCCAAGCUGUAGAGGAACUUAUACAAAAGAACCAUCUCUACCAGCAUUGCUUGGUUGUUGCUGUCCGUACUAACAGGAUGAGAGAAAUUCGCAAGUAUGCAGCCACCACUUUAAGCAUCGGAGAGUUCCCUCUGUCCAGCACUCUAUAUAUACUGAAGAAAUUGUUCUCCUGCAAUAUCAGCCUUGUGGAGCAGCUUCUCUUUCAGCUGGAGUUUAAAAAGUCUAUGCAGACCAUUAUAACGACACCACUUUUCAUGGUGUCUCUUGCUGCGUAUUGGGUACAGCACCCAAAGGGUGACAUAAUCAGUGAUAAGGCUAUUUUUAAAGCCUAUCUGCUCUAUCACUUACUAAAACACAGUGAAGAAAGAGAACAUGUACUGGCUAUGUUUUCCUCAUGUGGUGAGCUUGCCUUAAUCGGUCUUUUUAAGCCAUCCUUUGAGUUCACCGAGUAUGAUCUGUCUGAAGCAGGCGUUGAUGGAGAUGAAGCUGUUAGGCUGGGUUUACUGAGCAAAUUUACUGCCCAAAGGCUUCAUCCAGUUUAUAAAUUCUUUCACCCCUUGUUCCAGGAGUUUCUUGCAGGGAGAAGACUGAGCGAGCUCCUGGUUUCUGAUGAAAAAGAAAAACUGGAGCAAGGGCUGCAGUACUUGCAGCAAAUCAAUACAUUUAGAAAAGUUGCUGGGCGCUAUAAUUUUUUAUUGGUUUAUGCUUGCAGCUUUUCUUCCAAAGCAGUCCCCCAAAUUAUAUCCCAUUUAUUUAAAUUGAUUGACUGCAAGCAGUCAUUGGAAAGCCAGUCAGAAAACGAUGAACAUCUGCAGCACCAUUCAGACCUGCCAAUAAGAAUGUGUUUAAUUGACCAGUUAAGUUUUAUUGAUCCAAAACUGCUUCUUCCAGUUUUCAUUCAGUAUUUACUGGACUUUGCUACUUCUGUAGUUUACAGCACUAAUACCGUUUCUGUGUGUGCCCCAAUCAUUCUUCAGUUCCUAAGAGGCAAAGAUAUUUGGUUAAGUUCAUUUUUACUAUCACAAAAACCUAACUUGAGGUUUUUUCAGGAUUACCCAGAAUCACUGUCUCUACCCAGUAGUUUUCAGGUUGCAGUACAAGGAAGUGAACACAAACAAGCAUUUAAUGUAUCUGAGAUAGCCACUUGCUAUUCUUCACUGGAGAUGCCAACAAUUGACCGGGAUUACGCUCCUGCAUUUACACUUUUUAAAGACAUGGAAGCUGACCUCAGAAAUUUGAUGACACUGUUUUCCAUUUCGGAUUAUAUUGAACUUCGGUUGAGUAACAGUCCUGGACUCAUAGAAGUUAUCCGACCAGCUAUUGAACAGUACAAGGAGCAUUUUAAAAAAUGUAGUCUACAUCAUCUUAACCUGAGCACAACAGAGCAAGAAUUACUUCUGUCGAUGUCUUUUGUGGAAUGUCUUGAGGUAGAUGAAAAAGAAAUACCAGAACUACUUUUUUCAAAUUUGGACAAAUUCAUCUGCCUGGAGGAACUGUCAGUGAGUCAAUGUGAGAACUGCAAUGUAUUUGACACAAUACCUGAUGGCUUCAAAAAUCUCCGUAACAUGAAGAAAUUGUUGAUGAGCAGAAUGAAGCUUGAAAACUGCUCUAGGCUGGUUGAAUUUAUUAAGAGCUUCCAAGACCUCUCUGUUUUUCACCUGGACUGCUCCAGCUACUUUGAUUCUGAAUCCCUUCUGACAGCAAUUUCUUCAUGCAAGAAAUUAACAGAAAUCAAGUUAACUGGGUCAUUUUUGAGAGAUCAAGAUUUGCUUUCUUUAGCUGCUGCUCUGCCCAAUUUUGUCUCUCUCAAAGUGUUGGGUCUUGGAAGCCAAUAUUUUGAUGACAAGGAAGCUUGUGAAAUCUUUGCACAUAGUUUAGGUGGUGUUCUUAACAUGGAGGAGCUCAUCCUUCCUGCAGGAAAGGGAAUAAAGUCUGCAGCCAAACUGAUUGUGCAGCAGUGUCUACACCUGCUGCACCUCAGAUGCUUCUCAUUUAUCCUAUGUCUGGAUGAUGACGGCCUAUUAGAAAUAGCAAAGGUUGCAAACCGUGGAGGUUUCCAGAAGCUUGAAAAUCUCUAUUUGUCAGUAAAUCAUGAUGUUACAGAAACUGGUUGGAGAAACUUCUUUAGAACACUUAAUAACAUGCCUGCUUUAAAAGAGCUGAACAUUAGCCGUAUGUUCACACAUCAGAUCAAAGCCAGUGCAUCAACAGUGACAGCUUUUGUCCAGUGUGUUUCUCGACUGCCUGGUCUCGUGACAAUAGUAAUGUUCGGUUGGCUCCUUGACGCAGAGGACCUUAAAAUGUUUGAUAUCAUGAAGGAGCAGCAUCCCCAGUCUAGGAGUUUAAAAUUAUCUUGGCAGUGGGUCUUGCCACUUUCACCAAACUUUCAAGACUAG